CACUUCAGCUAAGCACGUACGCACUCUCUAGCACACAUUUGGUCGUAGUAGGCCGUGCUGCACGCGAGUCGUGGCCUCCCAGGCAAUCAACAAAGAUCGCGGGAAGAAGAUGGUGAACCUGAUCGAGGCGCAGAAGCCGCUGCUGACGGGGAUGAUGCGGCUAGCCGGGCUCCGGCCCAUCGACAUCGAGCUCGAGCCGGGCACCACCAUGCACGUCUGGGCACCCAAGCACCACGCCGGCAAGCAGAAAGGCGCCACCACCAUAAGCCCUGAUCUCGACCCCGCCACCGCCACCAAGAACAAGCAGCCAUCAUCAUCCAGCCGCCGCCGCCGUCGCCGGAACCGGCCCGGAGACUCGAAGCCCAACGUGGUCCUGAUCCACGGCUUCGCGGCGGAGGGCUGCGUGACGUUCCAGUUCAACUUCGGGGUGCUCGUGUCCCGCUACAACGUGUACAUCCCGGACCUGCUCUUCUUCGGGAAAUCCUCCGCGACGGACAGCGCCGACCGGUCCCCGGAGUUCCAGGCCCGGUGCGUGGCCGCGGCGCUGGCCAGGCUCGGCGUGUCCAGGUGCGACGUCGUCGGGUUCAGCUACGGCGGCAUGGUGGCGUUCAAGCUGGCCGAGUCACGGCCCGACCUGGUGAGGUCGCUCGCCGUGUCCGGGUCAGUGGUCGCCAUGACGGAUGCCGUGAACGCCGAGACCAUGGCGAGGCUCGGGACCGGGUCGGCGGCUGACCUGCUCAUGCCGGACACGCUCCAGGGGCUCAAGGCGCUCUUCUCUGUCUCCAUGUACCGGAAGAUGUGGUUCCCGGAUAGGAUGUACAAGGACUACCUCAAGGCAAUGUUCACCAAUAGGAAGGAGAGGCUGGAGCUCCUGCAAGGACUACUAACCAGUAACAUGGAUGCCAAGAUCCCUACGUUCCAACAGAAAAUAAUGCUUAUCUGGGGCGAGGAGGACAAGCUUUUCGACAUAGGGCUCGCCAGGAAGAUGAAAGAGCAGCUGGGCGAGAACUGCUUCCUGCAGGGCAUCCCGAAGGCCGGCCAUCUGCUGCACCUGGAGCGGCCGUGCGCCUACAACCGCCAGCUCGGGAGGUUCCUCCGCUUCGUCAACUCCCAGGAAGACCACCACCAAGCCGUUUUCUCCAACGCAAGCGAAGGGUCCAACCCAGUUAACCGGUCCGGUUCUCCAAGCACGCGCUGACGGAUGGUAUUUGCUGCCUGGCGUGAUCGUGUGUUUGAUGUGUCGCUGUUCCCGUUGACUGCCCUUGUUGAGUACGAGUACUGGUGGUACGUAAUGCCAUGAUGUUACUUGAAAGCAAGGGGCUGUUCGCUUUGCUGGGCUUGCUAGGAAUCGACGUGCAGGUGCAUGUCUCUCUCGGUUUCAGUCAAUUCGUUGGGAUUCCUUUGUAAUCCUGCUAUACACACCCGCGCGUAAUAUAUUCCGUCAGAUCACUUACAGCUGGCUGCAUCA